AACAGCUAACUAAGGAUAAACAAACAAGUUUUUUAAAGUAACCCUUUUCGAACAGCCUAAGCAGGUUAGGUAGAUUUCUAUGCAUAGGUAUAGUUUAUUAACUGGGUGUGUUUAAAAUUUAAAGUCCAAGCUUUCAACUUUCACAAGUUAUCAAAUGAAACUGUUUAGUACAAGUCGUAAUACAUGCUCCAUUCUCGAUCUAACUUCUAAAGGUUGAAUACAUCGUUAGUACUGCCCUUUUCGUCCCUUUAAUCUGCUAGUCAGUCGCUUAACUUUGAAAUAUUUCAAAAACCCAAUAAUAGAUGAAUAUUUUCACUGUACGACCAAAUCAUAGAACAAAUUUUUCGCUUGGCCAUCAGGAAAGCAAACAAGAAAUAUUGAUUGUUCAUCGCUUCGAAAGGGAUUAUUCCACCAAGAGACUGCCUGAAGUUCAAGGGCUUAAAGCUACAAAACAAGGGGAUGUUCUAGUCAAUGUAUCAUGGCAGGAGUCACCGAAAGAAGUGGGGUCCAAUUUAAUUAGUUGCGGCCAUCAGGGCCAAUCAAUUACCGUGAAAAUAUUGACUUUUCCCUAUCGGGCAAGUAAGCAAUGAAACCGGAUACCCGCCCGGUGGAUUGGUCAGUUCGCAGAGACCCCUAGACAGCACAAUGUCCCACGUCUGCCGAGACCUUCGACUGUACCUCCGCUUGCUGCACCUAAUGGGCAUGAUGUGCUGGCGCUUCGAUCCGGAGCACUGUCAGCUCCUGGACUCGCCUGGCCUCGACCGCUAUGCCCUGGUUUAUGCGGCCUUCGUUCUGGUCGCCAGCACGGGCUGCUUCGCCUUCGCCCACCUGCAGCCCCACCGCUUCCACAUAGCCAUCUACAACCGGACGGGCAACGUCUACGAGACCGUCAUCUUUCGAAGCACGUGCCUGGUGCUCGUGCUGCUCUACGUGCUCCUCUACGUGCGGCGGCACCGGCACAGAAGCCUGGUGCAGCACCUGUUGCGCCUCAACAGGCGGUGCGUCGACAGCAGCACGGACCGCCAGUUCCUGCACAACCUCCUCCUCUACGGCGUGCUCACCGCGGUCUGCUGCGGCAACUACUUCCACGGCUACAGUCGCGCAGGACUGGCCGCGCUCCCGCUGGCUUUAUGCCUGGUGGUCUACACCUACGCCUACUCGGUGCUUUGCCUGCUGCUGGUGUUCUUCGUCUGCCUCAAGCAGGUCAUGGCCGCCGGCCUGACGCACUUCAACCAGCAGCUGGGCCAGGGCGCGUUGCUCCCCGCCCUCCGGGGCAGGCAGCAGAUUGUGGAGGUGUGCGGCGGGGAGCUGAACGCCUGCUUCGGCCCGCUCAUGCUGCCCAUUGUGGCCCUGGUGCUGCUGAUGGCGCCUGCAGGGCCCUUCUACCUUAUCAGCACCGUGCUGGAGGGCAAGUUCGGUCCGCACGGCGGGCUCGCGAUGCUUCUGACCUCCUCCAUCUGGGACGCACCCUGGAUGGUUAUGUUGGUUCUUAUGCUGCGCACGAACGGCAUUGCGGUGGAAGCGAACAAGACCGCAAAGAUAUUGGCUAAAGUACCCAGGACCGGAACUGGAUUGGAUAGGAUGAUUGACAAGUUUCUGCUCAAGAACCUGAGGCAACAGCCCAUUUUAACGGCCUUCGGCUUCUUCGCCUUGGACAAGAGCACUUUGUUCAAGCUAUUUACAGCGAUCUUUACGUACAUGGUAAUUCUGGUACAGUUCAAGGAAAUGGAAAACUCUACAAAGGCCAUUGGAAAGGUUUAAUGACUUAC